CCGGUGGGCGGGGAUUAUGACACCGCAGGCAGCUGGUGCAGAGCAGUGAGGCCAGGCAGUCGGGAUUGUCAGGCGCGGGGUUAUUGGUUCCAGAUCUCCAUACUCUGCGUGUGAUCCAGCGUUAUUGAGGAUGUCCCAUGAGAAGAGCUUCCUCGUCACCGGGGAUCCGUACUCUAAUGCCCCCUAUCCUGUAGGACAAGGUCCUGUCCUGCCCCCUGGAUAUGGCCAGCCUCCAUACCCUAAUGUCACACCUUACCCCAAUACUGCCCCGUACCCCCCUCCCAAUACUGCCCCGUACCCCCCUGAUGUCCCCUACCCCAACCAGCCCCCGUAUCCUCCCGCCUAUUCCACAGGUCCUUAUCCCAGCCAGCCGUACCCACAGCCUGCAUACGGACAGGGCGGAUACCCCUCUGAGCCCAGUGAUUUUGGCUCCCCGAUACACAGUACCACUUACCAUGAAGAGGGCCCACCCUCCUAUUGUGAUAACCAGGAUUUUCCCACCAGCCACUGGGAUGACAAAAAUAUCCGCAGAGCGUUUAUUCGUAAGGUCUUCCUGGUCCUCACCGCUCAGCUACUGGUCACUUUUGCUUUCGUUGCUGUUUUCACCUUUGUGGAUGAAGUCCAGACGUAUGUGCAGAAGAACACGUGGACGUACUACCUUUCCUACGCCGUCUUCUUCUGCUCCCUCAUCGCACUGAGCUGCUGCGGAGAUUUCCGUCGCCGCCACCCAUGGAACCUUGUAGCCCUGUCCAUUCUGACGCUCAGUCUGUCGUACAUGGUCGGGAUGAUCGCCAGCUUCUAUGAUACAGAGGCGGUGAUAAUGGCGCUGGGUAUUACAGCCGCUGUCUGUUUCACCGUCGUCCUCUUCUCACUGCAGACAAAAUAUGACUUCACCUCCUGUAUGGGGGUCCUGAUGGUCAGCCUGGUGGUCCUACUGAUCUUCUCCAUCCUCUGCAUUUUUAUCCGCAACAAGAUCAUGCAGAUAGUGUACGCCGCGCUGGGCGCGCUUCUUUUCACAUGCUUUUUGGCGGUGGACACACAGAUGAUCCUGGGUAACAAGCAGUUAUCUCUCAGCCCUGAGGAAUAUGUAUUUGCUGCUCUCAAUCUGUAUACAGAUAUCAUUAACAUCUUCCUGUACAUCCUGGCUAUAAUUGGCAAGGCCAAGGAGUGACCGGUGAUCUGCUGCUUCAGGCCGGAGCCAGGAUUCUCCUGCAGUAUAAACUUCCAGUUGAUAUUUAUAUCCUCCCCCUCUGGUAGUGAAUUUUGCCUGUUGAAUGUUAAUGCUUCUGGUAUCUGUGACCGCUCUGCCCAUCUGAGCCUGUAAGUGCUCCUCGUCUCUAGGUAUUAGCCCUUAAUACCUCCAUCUACCACACAGCAAUCACUAGCAGCACUUUACUGCACCCUAUUCCAACCUGGACAGCGGCUGAUUGCAGCCCUCGCCACAUUCCUGAUUCUGCCGUGUUUAUUCCUCCUCUGGCAUUUUUAUAAUGAGACCGUUGUCGCCCAUUAUUGCACAUUUUCUAUCCCUUAAUGUGAAUUCUCUGACCUCCAGUUGUACUAUGGUGGAUAAGGGCUGGAGAUUUACCUCUGUACCCUGAUUGCAUGGAUGGCUUUCCCGUAGGCGACACAUGCAGUAUAUAGAGCAUUAUAUAGUUCAUAUCUGGAAUUAAUGUAUAAUAAAGAUUGUGUACAUAGGGGGCAAUUUAGUUCUCAGCGAAGUGCUAAUGAACAUACACAGCAAUGUCCAACUGCGCACAUUACUGCUUCCCCAACUGCGCACAUUACUGCUUCCCCAACUGCGUACAUUACUGCUUCUCCAACUGCGCACAUUACUGCUUCCCCAACUGCGCACAUUACUGCUUCCCCAACUGCGUACAUUACUGCUUCCCCAACUGCGCACAUUACUGCUUCCCCAACUGCGUACAUUACUGCUUCUCCAACUGCGCACAUUACUGCUUCUCCAACUGCGUACAUUACUUCUUCUCCAACUG